AUAACUUGGCAAUCAAAAAAACGCAUAUUGUUUCCGAUACGUUUUUAUCUUAAAUCAGAGGAUAUAACGUAUCUGUUUCGACUAUUUUCAACCCGCGCUCAAACCAGUAUUUAAAGUGCUUGCGUGUAGAACACCAGCAAAACCUCAAGACAAAAUCAUUCAGUAAACCUAACUGUGAAUAUUUAAACAAAUAAUCUGCAAUUAUGAAAUCAAUAAAAAUCAACAAUAUUGCCAUAAUUGGUAGGAUCGCUGCUUUUCUUUGUUUCUUUACAUUAUUAAAAGCCAAUGAUGUCUCCCCGUAUCUUUGGAGAAGUUAUAUGAACAAUUCCUUCUCAGAUGUAUGCGAGAACAACAUUAUCUUUUUAAACUUUGCACAUACAACCAUCAAUAGAAUCGAUGAUGAUUUUAUCAGCAGCCCAUUUAUUACUUGUCUAAAUCUUACGGAUAAUCAUAUUACAUACCUCGCAGACAAUGCCUUUAGAAAACUUCCUAACUUAACUACUCUGUUUCUUUCUAAUAAUAAAAUCAUAUCCGAUUUUCACUUAAGUGGCCACGAAAAUUUAAAAGUUCUUAUUAUGAAUAACUAUAGAUCUUACGAGAAUUAUUAUCAAUCAUUUGAACAACGAAUUGUCGGACAAUAUCAAAACUUAGAAAUUUUAUCUCUUUCUGAAAACUACAUAAAAGAUUUAGUAUAUUCUCCGUAUCAAAGUGAUACAAUCUAUGAUUCAUCUAAUCACAGUUAUGAUUUAUCUUCGCAAAAUUUAAUGCCGCAAAAGGUAAAUAUUCCAUUUCCAAAAUUGAGAAUUUUAGACCUUUCUAGAAAUAGAAUACAAACAUCCAAGUUUGUAAAUCUGUUACCUAGAAAUGGUCUAAGUUUUCUCGAUCUUCAUGAAAACUCGCUUCAAUCUUUAAGCUUGUCUGAAAAAGGAGAGAAUGUGUAUACAUUGAUCUUAGAUAAUAAUGAGAUAAAGUAUGUAAAGCGGCAAUACAGCAAUGGAGUCAAUCUCUUUAGCAUGAAAUCUUUAAGAAAUCUUUCCAUUUCCAGUAAUCGCAUUAUCAGUAUUGGGUCAGAUGCUUUCAAAGAUACAAACAAGUUAGAAUUUUUGAAUCUGUCUGGAAAUGCUAUAGAAACUUUGCAUAAAUACACAUUUGCAAACUUGAAGUACUUACAAACAGUUGAUCUUAGUUUCAAUCUAAUCAAAAAUAUACCUCAAUUUGCAAAUGAACUAAACAUUAGUACUUUGUUUUUACACCACAACAAAAUAAAUACAAUACGUCCAAGCGUUUUCAUUCAGUUUCCGAAGUUAAAGAAAUUGUUUCUUGAAGAAAAUGAUAUAGAAUGGAUUGACACUAAAGCGUUUGCUCAGCUUUCUAUGCUGGAGGAAUUAAAUUUGUCGAACAAUAAAUUGAGUUCUUUGCCAGAAAGAUGGUCUGAAUCUUUGAUAUCUUUGAAAUACUUGAAUUUGUGCGAAAAUAAUUUUACUUCGCUAGAAUCAUUGUCUUUAUCAAGUACAAUAUCAUUAAGAGAACUGUAUCUCAUGAAGAAUCCGUUAAAAUAUUUAAAUAUUAGUUACUUUGAAUAUUUGCCACAAAAUCUUACUGUACAUUUAUUAGAGUAAAAAGUUAAUUUGAUAUAUUAUUUGAAGUAUACAAAAAUAUAAAUUUACUACUUAUUGUUAGUUAAAAAUA